GUCGGGGCCGCCCUACCGACGCCGCUGGUUGUCGUCGUCCUGCCAACCUCGUCCAAGUCCAUCUUGGUCGCCCUCCUUCCCCUCACCGACUCUCCGGACCAACGCUUCAUCGCACCAUGUCUCUGUUUAGCUUUGCCAGUCGAAAGCAGCCCAGGGUUGCCACGAUCCAGACCACCAAGGUCGAGCCGCAGUCCGUGGACACCGUGCUCGGAAAGAGUAUUCCGAUUACCCUCAGCGACAAGAAGGAAACGAUUGCCUCGAUCCUUGAAACCCUCAGUCCCUGUGCCGACAACGAGUGUGGCAUCUCUGGUGGCGCUACCGCCGAUCGCCCGAGCCUCGCCGAUCUGCUCCAGCCCAGCUGCCGCGAUCGAGAGGUUGUCGAAGCAGAACAUGCGCAAUUCAACGGCAUCAUCAAGCACGUUGCCGGUGCGCCCGACAAGAGCCUACCCAUCUACGACUAUUGGAAGCCUGCCCUGAUGGUGUACCAGUACACGACCCCUGUCAUGCUGGGUGUCCCUUUUGUUGACAUUGGUGCUGCCCAAGUAUCGCCUCAUCUCCGCCGCUUGGUUCUCCUGACCAGCAGUCUUCAGUACAAAUGUUACUUUUGCGCUGCCCACGCUGUGGCUCUCGGCGAUGCUAUCAAUGGCUCCUGGAGAGCCCAGCUCAGAGCCCUUCACCACAACAACACUGCUGCACUUGCUAGCCCGAUCGAGGAGCCGCUCUCGGCCAAGGACUUUGCUGCUCUUCAGCUGGUGGCCUCGGCUACCUCGAUCCCCUCCAAAGUGACUCUCGAUAUGAAACGCAAUGCCCGCAUGCACUUUGACGAGCGCAACUACCAGCUCAUUGCGUGCAUUUCCAGCUACAUUGGCUGGGCCAAUGCUGUCUCUGACUCGAUGGGCAUGGAGCUCGAGGCCGGCAACAUCUUGUGGGCCCAAGAGCGCCUCAGAGGCCAUUGGCAUGGACGCCGCCACAGCCCCGCCAGCUUCGAUCCAAACGGACCCAACGAGAGCCUCGUCCAGGAAGCCCAGGCCGAGGAGCAUGUGCUCAGCAGCGGCUUCUACAGCGUGCUCGACUAUUAUCGUCUUGCUCUCAAUGUCAUUGGCACAAGCUCGAUUGAGGCCAAGUGGCUCAAAAACUUCCCGGUUGGCCACGGCCCGCUUGGCAAGCUGCUUGAGGAUAGUCUUGGGUUCCAGCCCGAGUACAUCACCAAUCUGCUGAAUGCCGAUGCCAAGCGAGCCAUCGUGUUCUCCAUGUGGCAGUUCUUGCUCAAGCCCCUCUCCGAGUCGACCAACGAGGCGCCGUACGAGUGGAGUCCUGAAGAUAAGGCUCGCCUCUGGUAUGCCUAUGCGACCAAGGCCCAGAACUCACUCCUGCAGGGCCAUGCUGCCUUCUAUGCACACCAAGUCCUGCAAAUCUCCACGGACGACCUCGGCGAGGCAGGCCUGGGUCGUCGUUCGACUGCCUCGGCCCCGUUUGCCCAUGCCCUCAAGUUUGUCCGCGAGUCGGCUUCGACCAACCGCAGCUACCGCACCGAGGACAACCUGGCGCUCUUCAAGAGCACCAAGUCGCCAGCCGGAGUGAUGGAGUUGGUGACUCUCCUUGGAGUCUUUACACUGCUCCAUCGGCUGUCGGGCAUGAUGGCCACCGAGCCCUUCCACUACGAGCCAGUUGUCGAAGCGUUUUUGACUUCUGGAGCUGGCCAGACCCUUGGCCUGCCUGCUCGGGCCUCUGCCUAAGUGACCUCAUCGUUGGAGAAGUUUUUCAACGUCCUGGCAGUGAUACCGAUUGUGGUCCGUCUGUCCGUCCGUCUGUCUGUCGGCUUCUAUGAUCGGGCAUCCCCGGCCGAUUGCCUGUUUUGUUCUUCUUCCACCCGGCGAUGUUGGCGUUCUUCCAAAGUCCGGCCCUUUGGUAGUUCCACCCGGCACCCAACCCGGCGUGCUGCACCUCAUAUGAUUGCGUGCCUCCUCGUUAGUCGAUUCUAUGUAUACCAAUAUGCUCCCCGAUUGAGUUAUUCGAUUGCUUUUAUGUCUGCAGUCACCCCAUUACAGUCUUUCUAUUACUUUAUGUCAGCAGUCUUUCAAUUAUACUCUUCCUACGUCA